AUGUCGGAUGUUAAAAUUGAGAUUGAUCGUUCACAUACUGAUGGAGCUUUCACCAAUUAUGAUAUUAUUAAAGGAAAUGUCACAUUAGUAGUUACUAAAGCUAUUACAUUAAAUUGGAUUCAAGUGAAAUUAGAAGGAGAAUCAACUACACAAUUACUGAUACCUAAAUUUACUAAGAAAAAGAAGGAAAAGGAUAAAAUAAUUCAAGAUAUUCAUAAAGUAUUAUAUGAUACAACAAUAGUUUUCCCCCCAGAUAAUGUUCGUCAAGUUAGUCAAGCUAAAGAAUUCACUUUAGCCCCUGGGAAUUAUUCAUAUCCUUUUGAAUUUAAAAUCCCUUUAACUAAUUCUUGUGUUAAACGUGGAGGAAUUACCAAUAUGAUUCAUAUUAAUAAAAAAACUUUUGAUAUUAUGAUUAAUAAUGGUAAUUUUAAUAGUGAUUUUGUUAAACAUAAAGCUCAAAAAUAUUAUAAAGAUUAUAUGACAAGUGGACAACAACAACAACAACAACAACAACAACAACAACAACAACAGGCAGUAACUGCUCUGCCAAGUGAAUUACCUUAUCAUAUAACAACACAAUUACCACCUUCAUUAUCAGGGAUGGGGAAUUUUGCUAAUAUUAAAUAUUAUGUUAAAGUAACAUGUAAACGUUCAUCAUUUUUUAAAACUAAUUUACGAGCUUUUGAUCCAUUUACAUUUUUACCAUUAGAUCUUGAUUCUCAAUAUCGACCUAUUGAAGAACAAUUGGAACAAUAUAAAGAAGCAUUUGUAAGGAAAGAAAUUAUAUUUAUGAAUAAAAUUCCAUCAAUUGUUGGUGUAGAAAUACCACAACAACACCCACCUUCAAAUCAUGUAUCACAAAUACAACCCAAAAAGCAAGGUUUUUUACAAAGAUGGUUUAGUAGUAGUAGUAGUAGUAAUAGUAGUUCUGGUUUUGAUUUAAGUUAUACUAAUGGGGGUGCUAGUGGUCAUAACAAUGGAUCAAUAUCAACAAGGAAGAAUAAUUCAAUAAAAUAUCCUAAAAUUAUUCCAGUUAAUGUACCAUUUUCAUUUGAAAUUAGAUUUCGACAUCCAGCAUUUUUAACUCCAGGGAAAUUACCAACUUUUAAAUUAUUUCUUGUAUCAACGGUGAAUCCAUUACAAUAUUCAUUAGAUAAAUAUGGUAAACCAGAAGAAUCUAAUGGAUUAGGAGUUGUUUAUUUACAAAAUAUUGCUGUUUCAUUAAUAUCAACAACAUCUAUAUCAAUUGUUGAAAAUGAUUCUGGAGUUAAUGAAUUUCAUAUGGGGAAUAAUAUACAAACAAUUCCUAUAUGUGAUAAUUCUUAUCCAAAUUUGAAAUUUGAUUUAAUGAAAUGUCGUAAGAAUAAAAAUUCCCUGAUAACAACUAGAAAUUCAAAUGAUGCUAUCAAUAAUACUAACAACAACAACAACAACAACAACAACAACAACAAUAAUAAUAAUAAUAAUAAUGAACAAACAAUUAAACAACUUUAUGAACUUGAAAUUCCCAAAAAAUUAUUUGCUAAUUGUAUAUUACCAGAGAAUUUACCACCUAGUUUUAAAACAUGUAAUAUUGCUCGAUCUUAUGAUUUAAUAAUAACUGCUAAAUUUAGUCCUGAAAAAAUUACUACCACUUUACCAACCAAUAAUGGUAGUAAUAUAAAAGAAGUUGAAUUAAGAUGUUCUAAUAUAAAAGUAUUAAGUGGAUUACAUUUUGCUGGUGCUCCUAUAACUCAACGACAAGCUAGUGUAAUACUGUCAUUAACUCCGCCACCAGCACAACUACCAGUAUCGGAGAGACAAGAUUCUUUAGGUCAAUCAUCUAAAAGUGAAUCUUUAACUAACGAAGGAGGAGAUGAUAAUUUACCAACUUAUGAUGAAGUAAUUAUAGAACAUAAUUAUCAAGAUAUAAGUGAACAUCAAAGAGCUAGAAGACGAUAUCAAGAACUUGGUAUAUGA